CCCGGGCUGCCGAGAGCCACAGAAUGGAUCUGCUCCGAGCGGGGACGUCGCUGACGAUCCCGGCUUCCCGCGGCGGCUAGGAGCCGGCCACUGGCCUCGGCAGGCUGCGGAGACCCGGAGGCCCAGGGAGAGCCGGGGGCCGCGCGCGCGGAGGCACGGACGCACGGACGCGCGGACAGACAGAUGGUUGGCGCGAACCCGGGAGGACCGCGGCGGAGGCUGAGCACGGCGAGCCGCCCGGGAAGAGAAACUAACUGCAAACCCAAGUUGCCCCGCCGGCUUCCCCUCGCUGCGCUAAGGAAUGAAACCUUUCCAGCUCGAUCUGCUCUUCGUGUGCUUCUUCCUGUUCAGUCAAGAGCUGGGCCUCCAGAAGAGAGGAUGCUGUCUGGUGCUGGGCUACAUGGCCAAGGACAAGUUUCGGAGAAUGAAUGAAGGCCAAGUAUACUCCUUCAGCCAGCAGCCCCAGGACCAGGCCGUGGUGUCGGGCCAGCCAGUGACACUGCUGUGCGCCAUCCCCGAGUAUGAUGGCUUCGUUCUGUGGAUCAAAGAUGGCUUGGCUCUGGGUGUGGGCAGGGACCUCUCAAGUUACCCACAGUACCUGGUGGUAGGGAACCACCUGUCAGGGGAACAUCACCUGAAGAUCCUGCGGGCGGAGCUGCAAGAUGAUGCCGUGUACGAGUGCCAGGCCAUCCAGGCCGCCAUACGGUCUCGCCCCGCACGCCUCACCGUCCUGGUGCCACCCGAUGACCCGGUCAUCCUGGGGGGCCCUGUGAUCAGCCUGAGGGCGGGGGACCCACUCAACCUCACCUGCCACGCAGACAACGCCAAGCCUGCGGCCUCCAUCAUCUGGUUGCGGAAGGGAGAGGUCAUCAAUGGGGCCACCUACUCCAAGACUCUGCUUCGAGACGGCAAGCGUGAGAGCAUCGUGAGCACGCUCUUUGUCUCCCCCGGCGAUGUGGAGAAUGGACAGAGUAUCGUGUGCCGAGCCACCAACAAAGCCAUCCCCGGAGGGAAGGAGACUUCAGUCACCAUCGACAUCCAGCACCCCCCACUCGUCAACCUGUCGGUGGAACCACAGCCGGUGCUGGAGGACAACGUCGUCACGUUCCACUGCUCCGCAAAGGCCAACCCAGCUGUCACCCAGUACAGGUGGGCCAAGAGGGGCCAGAUCAUCAAGGAAGCAUCCGGAGAAGUGUACCGGACAGCUGUGGACUACACGUACUUCUCAGAGCCUGUCUCCUGUGAGGUGACCAACGCCCUGGGCAGCACCAACAUCAGCCGCACGGUGGACGUCUACUUUGGGCCCAGGAUGACCACGGAGCCCCAAUCGCUGCUCGUGGAUCUGGGCUCUGAUGCUGUCUUCAGCUGUGCCUGGACAGGCAACCCAUCCUUGACCAUCGUCUGGAUGAAGCGGGGCUCUGGUGUGGUCCUGAGCAAUGAAAAGACACUGACCCUCAAAACCGUCCGUCAAGAGGAUGCUGGGAAAUAUGUGUGCAGAGCUGUGGUGCCCCGGGUGGGAGCUGGAGAGCGAGAGGUGACCCUGACAGUCAAUGGACCCCCCAUCAUCUCCAGCACCCAGACCCAGCAUGCCCUCCACGGGGAGAAGGGUCAGAUCAAGUGCUUUAUCCGGAGCACGCCGCCCCCCGACCGAAUUGCCUGGUCCUGGAAGGAGAACGUGCUGGAGUCCGGGACGUCGGGGCGCUACACGGUGGAGACGGUCAGCACCGAGGAGGGGGUCAUCUCCACCCUGACCAUCAGCAACAUCGUUCGGGCUGACUUCCAGACCAUCUACAACUGCACCGCCUGGAACAGCUUCGGCUCUGACACGGAGAUCAUCCGGCUCAAGGAACAAGGUUCGGAAAUGAAGUCGGGAGCCGGGCUGGAAGCAGAGUCUGUGCCGAUGGCCGUCAUCAUCGGGGUGGCCGUAGGAGCCGGCGUGGCCUUCCUCGUCCUUAUGGCAACCAUCGUGGCCUUCUGCUGUGCGCGCUCCCAGAGAAAUCUCAAAGGGGUUGUGUCAGCCAAGAAUGACAUCCGAGUGGAGAUUGUCCACAAAGAGCCUGCGUCUGGUCGGGAGGCUGAGGAACACCCUACCAUCAAGCAGCUGAUGAUGGACCGGGGUGAAUUCCAACAAGACUCAGUACUGAAGCAGCUGGAGGUCCUCAAAGAGGAGGAGAAGGAGUUUCAGAACCUGAAGGACCCCACCAACGGCUACUACAGCGUCAACACCUUCAAAGAGCACCACUCGACGCCCACCAUCUCGCUAAGCAGCUGCCAGCCGGACCUGCGUCCCGCAGGCAAGCAGCGAGUGCCCACAGGCAUGUCCUUCACCAACAUCUACAGCACCCUGAGCGGCCAGGGCCGCCUGUACGACUACGGGCAGAGGUUCGUGCUGGGCAUGGGCAGCUCGUCCAUCGAGCUCUGCGAGCGGGAGUUCCAGAGAGGCUCUCUCAGCGACAGCAGCUCCUUCCUGGACACGCAGUGUGACAGCAGCGUCAGCAGCAGCGGCAAGCAGGACGGCUACGUGCAGUUCGACAAGGCCAGCAAGGCCUCCGCCUCCUCCUCCCACCACUCCCAGUCCUCCUCCCAAAACUCUGACCCCAGCCGACCCCUGCAGCGGAGGAUGCAGACUCACGUCUGAGGAUCCCAGCCCCGGGGGCCGGGAAGGGCGGGGGAAGGGGCCGCGCCACCUGCUGGCACCCCAGAGACUAAGGGGCGGGGGCUGCGCAGAGGACCCCAGAGGCAGCGGCCUCCAGGACAGCCCCCCGCCCCCAGCGCCUCUGCCGCCAACCUCCUCCGAAGCCCUGAUCAAGCACAAA